AAAUAUGUGACACCUAAAAUUUUAGAAAUAUAUAUUGAACAAAUAGAUAAAGCAGUUAUGUAUUAUGGUAAAAAGGUUGAUUUUAAAGAUCUAGAAAAUUUGAUAUUUGAGACAGUUGAAAAUGGACCAGUUGAACUUGAAUAUGAUUUUCGCCAAAUAUGUCUUAAUGAACUUCUUGAAAAAAUAAAUCAUUCUUUAGUUAUUAAAGUUUGGGAAGUUCGAUCAAUUGAGCAUAAGUCAAAUGUUAGACAACAUAUAGCAUUAUUAAAAAAUGGAUAUUAUUUAUGCACAUGUAUCCUACUAUUUGAUAGUAGAUAUAAAGAUGAAAUGAUAGAUUUAUCAGUUAUAAAUGAACCAUUUGUUAGAGAAAAGUCAUAUGAAGAUGAACAUUUAACACAAUAUAUACCUUUAUUUCCAGAUGUUGCUGAGUUAUGGAAUACUGUAUUUGUUGAACCAUCUGUGCAAACUGCAGGAACAUUACUUGGUCUUACACGUAAAUACGUAGAAUUGGUUAAUUAUGAUGAUUUAAAUGACUCUAAUCUUUUAAUGAAAAUGUUUAAGGAAUGGAUACAUACACACGAAGAAAUACAGUAUAAUGAUAAAAGAA